CCUCACUGUAAGUGAUGGUGUUACAGUAACUCAAGUGAUGGUGUUACAGUAACUCAAGUGAUGGUGUUACAGUAACUCAAGUGAUGGUGUUACAGUAACUCAAGUGAUGGUGUUACAGUAACUCAAGUGAUGGUGUUACAGUAACUCAAGUGAUGGUGUUACAGUAACUCAAGUGAUGGUGUUACAGUAACUCAAGUGAUGGUGUUACAGUAACUCAAGUGAUGGUGUUACAGUAACUCAAGUGCCAAAAUUAACGUCUGCCUUUGCUUUGUCCUCAGCUGCUACCCCCUGGAAAAAGAAUUCAGAAUUCGAGACUUCACAAGUUACAGAGAAGAAGAGGACAGUCUAUCAGAUGGCUUUGAAUAAGCUAGAUGAGAUCCUGGCAGCAGCUCAGCAGACAAUCAGCACCAAUGAGGGGCAAGGGACGCGGGGUCAGGGGGCAAGGAGAGACAGGAGCCGGGGCUCCUUUUACGCCAAUGAGCCAAAUUACGACCAGUCAGAAAUGGGGAUGACCGGGCUGGGCUAUGACCGCGCCCAGUUCACAUCAGGCCACGCCCCUCCACAUGGUAUGCUGCGACAGAAAUCCAUCGGGGUGACUGAAGAGGAGAAGUCCCAUCUCAAUCCUCCGGCCAUGAAGUUUGCCCGAAGUCUCUCGGUUCCCGGCCCAGAUGACAUCCCCCCGCCCCCCACCACCGCCCCGCCAGACCCCCCCUUCUCCUCCGCCCCACCGCUGGGCUGGAGAGGGGGCAAGUCUUCCCAGCAGCCCUCUGUGGCCGUGUCCCAGUCCACCUCCACAGCAGCCCACUACCAGCUCUACUCUCAGUCUGUGCACUUCACCCACGGGGGCCGCGAAAGGGCAGGGGGGCCCAGUACCGGCGCUGGAGGAGGAGGGGUGGACCACACGCACCAGUACUCUAAUGCCCCCGCCCACGCCGCUCAGAGCAGGACUGCCUCUAGGAAAGGGGGCUACCCAGGGGAGCCUGUUGGAUCAGGAGGGGGAGGAGGAGUGGGGGGGGGCAAGGCUGCAGGUCUAAGGAGGGGCUACAGUAACGCCGCCCCACCUUCAGGCAGUGCCACAGUGAUGCCCCAGCAGCAGCAGACCACCCAGAGCCAGCCGCAGAGGGCAGACCGCAGUGCGGCUGGAGAGGGAGUACCUAAAGGAGGGGGGGCGCGGAGAGGGAAGGGCCCUCUGGUAAAGCAGUCCAAGGUGGAGGACCUGCGGGCUGGCCAGGGCACGCUGGGGGGCAAGGCCCCAGUGGAGAAGAGCUCCAUCCCCAUCCCCACCAUCAUAGUCAAGGCCCCCUCCAUCAGCAGUGGCAGUGGCCGCAGCAGCCAGGGCAGCAGUGUGGAGGCUGAGCCCACCCCCCCAGGGGAGACCGACAGAACCCAACCCCCCCACGGACCCCCUUCCACCAGCCCCACCACCCCUGCUCCUCCCUCCAUCCCGGCCCCUCCACCACCCUCCUUCCGAGGCCAGGAUAGUGACUUCACCAGCCAGUUUGGGGCGGCCAUCGUGGGUGCAGCCCGCCGGGACAGGGAACGCUUCCAUGAGGCCCGCAGGAAGAGCGCCUCCAUCUUCAUGUCUGCCGAGGAGGAGGUGGGGCCAGGGGGAGGAGGAGGAGGGGGAGGAGGAGGGGCAGGCAGGACACAGACCUCUCAGCAGCAGCAGUUCAGCCCCCAGUCCGGUGGCCCCCCCCCACGCCUCCGGCCCUCCAAGUCCAUCGACGAGGGCAUGUUCUCUGGGGACACCUUCAUCCACCACACCCGCAGCAUGCCCCCUGCCUUCGGCCUGCCAGAGUACUCCUCCCCGGCUCCAGACUACCAGCCCAAGUCUGUUCCGGCUGACUUCUACGGGGCGUCAAGCCGGCAGCAGGUCCCCUCUGGCACCACCUUCAUCCACCCCCUGACAGGAAAGGUCCUGGACCCCUCGUCCCCCCUGGGUCUGGCCCUGGCUGCCAGGGAGCGGGCCCUGAAGGACGAUGGCAGGAUGAGGAGGGAGAGAGGGACCGAGCACCAGUUUGUACGACAGAUGUCCAGUGUGGUGACAUUCCCCUCCCAGGCCACCUCCCCACACCGGCUUCCUCAGCCACCCAUUCCUCCAGCUCCUCCUAUCUGCCAACCCCCCUCCCCCAGGAUCCUCAGGGGUGCAGGCUGGGGCGAGGAGGGGGGAGGAGGGGAGCGGGAGAGGGAGGGUGGCGGGGCCAGAGAGGGGCUGAGGCCUCGCCAGGCCUCGUUUCUGAGGAUGGAGAGUGAGGCAGGAUACAUCCUGUCUCUCACCCCACCAUCUCCCCCCGCUACAGCCGCCCCGUCUCACCCUCAGGGGGGAGGGGGUUCCGGGGGCAGUGGCCUCAUGGUUCUGCCGCCCCCUGCCCCCUCUGUGGAUGUGGAUGAUGAGUUUGUGUUUGCUGACCCACUGCCCCCUCCACUGGAGUUUGCCAACAGCUUUGACCGGGGUGGAAUACAUGUUUAUCAGUGGGUUCCCGGCCCACACCCCCUACCCUCCCCACAGGCGGGGGACUCUACCACCUCCAGCCUUACCUCCUAUGACAGUGAGGUGGCCAACCUGACCCAGUUCCCCAUCCUACCGUGGUCCCCCUCCCAUCUCCUCCACCGCAGCCUCCUCUGGCCCCUUCCGGGGCUCUGCAGCCCUGACCUCCACCGCUCCCUGUACCACCACCACCACCACCACCACUGCUGCCACCACCACGAGGACCUCAGUCCAGCCCCACCAGGACAGGACACACACAGCCCCCUCUGGUUCUACAGCGGCCGGCCGCAGGAUAGGGGAGCACCACCUCACCCCACAGCCAAGGCAGGGGAGUCCCAGGAGACGGUGGUGGACUCUGGGAUAGAGGAGCUGGACAGCCGCAGCAGCAGUGACCACCACCUGGACAACAUCCUGGCCAUGAGCGGAGGAGCCAGAGAGAGGCUGGAAGAGAGGUUUUCAGAAGACUCCGCCUCGGCCCUGAGCCCCCCCUCAGUUCGUUCCCUGUCCCCCUCCCCUAUCCACCACUCCCAGCCCGCCCUGUCCCUGUCCCCCACCCCUUCCUCCCAGUACCCCAACUGGAACCGUCCCCGUCCCCCCAGCCCUCUGUGGCUGCCAGAGGCCCAAACUGGGUCCCCCCCCCCUCCUCCCUCCCCCUCCUCCCCCACCACACCCCUCUACAGCAGCCUCUAUGAGCUUCGCGGCUCUAUGACCCCGCCCUCACCCGCUAACCACAUGGGGGACCCCUACUUCUCCCCUUCCCCUCCUCUCUUCGCCCCCUCUGGUGCCCCUCCUCCCCCAAACGCCUCCCUGUUGCUCAUCCCCUCCCCUGCACCCUCUCCCCGCUCCCCCUGCCUGAGCUACCCCCACCUCCCUCCCCCAGCCCCCUCCAAGCCCUUUGCCUCCAAGCCACUGCCUUAUUGGACCAAAUACGACGUGGCUGAUUGGCUGGGAUACCUGAACCUGGGCGAGCACAGGGAGCAUUUCCUGGACAACGAGAUCGACGGCACUCACCUGCCCUCCCUCACCAAGGAGGACUAUCUGGACCUGGGGGUGACGCGUGUCGGACAGCGCAUGAACAUCGCCCGCGCUCUGAAGAGAGUGACUGACAGGUAA